UAGGUGUUGUAGGUACCCGAGCUUGAAUAUUCUAUUGUCCAAUAUCCAUCUCCUUCCACGGAGGCCAAAGGGACUCAACAAGCUAAAAGACAACUUGAGGCCAAGCUUUUCGUAAUAUAAAACAAAUGAGCCAAGCUUUUCUUUCCCAACCAACGGCAAUAAUGCCUUUACUCCCCUACCUCAUUCCUCUACUACUUCAAUUCUCUUCCUCUUUCCUCAUCACUUCAGCUUACUUUCCUCCUAAUAAGUAUUUUCUCAACUGCGGAUCGGAAUCCGAUGUCACCUUCGGAGGCACCCGGAAGUUCAUCGGAGAUGCCAAGCCCGGUCCUUGGUCGAUCAACCCCGGAAAAAGCAAAUCCGUUCGAAACGAAACCAAUAUCCCAAAAUCCAUAAAUGAAAUAUACCACACAGCAAGAGUUUACAAUCAGCCAACAUGGUAUGUUUUUGAAAGCAUCAAUCAAAACAGCACCUAUGUGGUUCGUCUCCAUUUCUUGGCUCUUACAUCUCAAAGCUUCCUUCAAGCUCGCUUUAAUGUCUCGGCCAGUAAUGGGUUUCAGUUGCUAUCAAAAUUUUCAAUCCAAAGCAGCGAUCUUAGCACACCAAUUGUUAAGGAGUUCGCUUUUGAGAUUAAAAAAGGGGUUUUUGGCAUACAAUUUUGUCCUCAUGAAUCGUCUUUGGCUUUUGUGAACGCCAUUGAAGUCUUUGAAGCUCCUGAAGCUUUCAAACCAGAGUCGGGUUUUGUUGUUUCUCCACAACUAAACACAAACGACAACUUUAUGUAUAUGAUUACCUCUGAGGCAUUUCAAGCUGUUUACAGGGUCUCGAUGGGUGGUCCCUUGGUCACUCCAGACAUGGAUCCAUUAUGGAGGACAUGGUUGCCAGAUGAAGGAUUUAUGACUCAUCCAUCGCCAGCAAAAAACGUCACCUUCAAAGAAGACAUAAAAUACUACAUAGUAACAACAAUUUACACAGCUCCAAGUUCCGUGUAUAGUCAUGCAAAAUCAUUGGACAUGAACUCUACUAAAACCUCAAAAGAUCCAAACAUAACAUGGGUCUUUAAGGUAAAGAAGACAACCAGAUAUUUCAUUCGGUUCCAUUUUUGCGACAUCAUCGAACCACGAAGCACGCCAUUCCGGUUCGAUUACUUCCUCGACGUUAAUCGAACACACAUUGAUUCCGAGGAAGUAUUGAGUGAAUUUGGGAAGCCAUUCUGGUUUGAAUGUAUCAUUGUUACAGACAGGACAGGAUAUUUCAAUGUCGGCAUAGCGCACACCAAAGAAGCUCCAUUGUCAAAAGCCUUCAUGAACGGAGUUGAAAUUAUGGAGUUGAUUGAGAAAUCAUUUGUGGGUUCAAUUGAUUUGAAGCCAAAAGAGGAUAAACACAAUCAAAAGUGGAUUAUAAUUGGGGUUUGUGUUGGUGGGGUGGUGAUCAUAGCUUUAAUAAUUGGGUUGGCUUUGUUUUAUUUGAUUAGAGGUCGGAAAUCAAGAAAGCAUCGGCCUUUGCCGCUACCUCAAAAUGAUCCAUCGGAGAAAGUUAUGUCAAUGGCGGAUCUUGCUCCUAAUUUGAACAUUGAAUUGAAGAUCUCGCUUGAUGAAAUAAUUGAGGGUACUAAUGGUUUUGAUGAGAAGAAAGUGAUUGGUGUUGGAGGGUUUGGACGUGUUUAUGUGGGCACUAUUGGCGGUAAAGAGGUGGCUGUGAAACGAAGUCGGCCGGGGCUUGGACAAGGUCUUAAGGAGUUUCAGACAGAGAUCAUUAUCUUGUCUCAAAUUCGACAUCGUUAUCUGGUUUCUUUAUGCGGGUAUUGCAAUGAAAACGAAGAGAUGAUCUUGGUAUACGAGUACAUGGCAGGGGGAACUUUAAAAGAUUAUUUAUAUGGUUCAAAGAUCCACGAUCAUCUUCCAUUGUCAUGGAAACAAAGGCUUCAAAUCUGCAUCGAUGCAGCAAAAGGGCUUGAUUAUUUACACAUUGGUUCCACCUUUGGUGUCAUCAUUCACCGAGACAUUAAAACCACCAACAUCUUGCUCGACAAAGACAACAAUGCAAAGGUAGCCGAUUUCGGGAUAUCAAAAGCUGGAGUACCCGACGCCAAAGCAUUAGACGCCACGGUUAAAGGCACUUUCGGGUAUCUCGAUCCCGAAUACCUCAACACGUUUCUAUUAACAGAGAAAUCUGACGUGUACUCAUUCGGUGUCGUGCUUUUUGAAGUUCUCUUCGCUAGACCUCCAAUCGUCAAGACCCUUCCAAGUGAACAGAUAAACUUAGCCGAUUGGGCAAUUUUGUGCAAUAAAAGAGGAGAAAUUGAAAAGGUAAUUGAUCCGUUUCUUGUAGGUACCAUUGAAGCAAACUCAUUGAGGAAAUUUGUUGAAAUUGCUGAGAAAUGUGUGGAUGAAGUUGGGACAAAUAGGCCUUCAAUGCACGACGUGGUGUAUGAUUUGGAAUUGGCGUUGCAGUUUCAGUUCACGCCUAUAGCGAGUGGGAAAGGGUAUGAGGGAAGCACUACCAUUGUUGAUGCUUCAUGGGAUAUUGAUUCAGGGAUUCUUGACCGCAUUCGUUCUAGAGGGCUUGAUGAUUCGGUCGUAUAUGAGGAUACCACGACUAUAAAUGCGAGAGAAUUGGUUGAAGAGUUCAAGAUUGAUUGUGCUCGAUGAUUGUUUGCUUCUCGUGGAUGGAUAUUGAUUAAGUUGUUAUAUAAUAGUUUGGAUUGUUGUGUGAAUUGUAUGCAGUUUAAACCGUACGGAACCAACAAAAUAAGAUGUAAUGGAAUAGACCCACCAUCCUUGGAUCAAUGUUAUGAUAACAAAAACUUUAUUGGGUGUCUAAAUUUGCCUAAUGUUGCCCUCAAUGAGCUAAUUUAAGCUUAAAUAGAAAGGAAUGAGGCAAUGUUCCUGUAAA